AAUAGUUCCACCGUUGCAGUGUUGGUAGGCGCAUCGUGCAUUUUACAACACUGAUUUCACCACCCGUAACAAAACAAAAAUCUCGAGCACAAAACAAAUUUGUAUGCAUUGCUGCACAAAAAUAAACAUCAAACAAAAAGAUUGUUCUCUCGAAAUAUUGAUAGAUCAACAACGGUUAAAGCAACCUAAGAGCAGAAUGUCCGUAAGAGACUUUAUCAAGGGCCUGCCCAGUCACGAUUCAAGCAAUUUCACACACUUGAGCAACGAACACGGGAUUCGAACCUCACAGAAACGGGCCUCCGUCUACCUGCCCACCGAGGAUGAGCAUUCUGAACAGCUGAUUGUGAUGGACAAGCGAUGUGUCCUGCUGCGCUACCUCACUCAGCAGUGGGACAAAAAGACGCUUCAGCGGAAGCGUGAGCACGGCGGGGAAUCGGGAAAUGGCAACGGCAACAGCUCCACGCCCAACGGCAACGGUACCAACAGCAAAAAGCGCCCGCGCUUAGACCCCAACGAGCUGAACUGAACGGCAGGACCUCAAGCCAAGGUCACGAUGGACAUCCCACAAGCCCUCACAGCCUCGAACUUCGCAAGCACGAGCCACCCUUCAUUUGCACUCAUAUAUAUUAAAUGAAAUACACUAAGUACAAAGGAGUUGCAGUCGAACGGUCCUUUCCAAGUUUUGUAUCCUGUUGGUCAUCGAUAUAUAUCCCCAGCCUUUUAUUUUAAUUUGAGAUGUACCCAAAGCUGAUUGCUGGUUUCCUGGCUAACAAUUUGCAUAUAUCUCUUUUCUUUUUUCAAGAAAAUAAAACAUUUUGUUAACUUUGUUAAUGCUAGUUUAUAAACCACUUUUUUUCCAAUUCUAUGUACUCACCUUGUACAUCACAAGAUUGUAAUUUGAAAUGUAACGUGUAUCUAAUCUGGGAAGCCUAA